CCUGCUAGACUACAUCCCUACUCAGUUGGGAGUUUUUGUUUGUGUCUUUCAUAUUUACAUUAUUUUAUAGGAUGGUUCAUUAUGGGAGGAGAAAUGUAAAUUAUGCAGGUCAGAAUGUAUCCCACAACCUUUGCUUAGUAUGGCUUAUUUCCUUUCCAAAACUAUCAGUGAAGAUGGUUCCAUACGAAGACUAAAGGGAUGAAGCAAGGAACAUUAUUUUAUCUGCACAACUAUCUUAAUAUCGAAACUUUCUAACCUCCAACCCAAAGUAUGGUUAUUGCAGCAGUUUGCCUGGAUCCUUUAUUACCAUAUGAUAAAAAGGUCAAAGACACUGCCUGUUGAACCAGAUUCAGAACAUCAUUGUUAACCGCAUCUCAAAAAAGUUCAAGUGAAGUAUGGCUACAACCAGCGUACUGGAUAACUCCACUUCAGACUAUUUCUAUGUUCCAGUUGAUUAUGUUGUUCUUCUUCAAUGUGAUUCUGAAAAUGUAGCACAGUUUCAAAAAGUGUUCCUGCCAUGUGUGUAUUAUAUUGUCUGCAUCAUAGGCAUUGCAGAAAACAUUUUAGUUGUGACAUGCGUCAUCUAUGACAAGUGCAAGAAUUUAAUAGACAUCCACAUGAUGAGCCUUGCUAUUGCUGACAUAUUAUUCCUUGGUACCCUGCCAUUCUGGGCAUACAUUGCAUCUCAUGAAUGGACAUUUGGUAUCCCACUGUGUAAGUUAAUACACAGUUUGUAUUCUGUCAGUCUGUACAGUUGUAUGCUGACUAUCACCUACAUUACCAUUGACCGGUACAUUACAAUUUCUCAAGCAGUGAGAGCUCGUUUGUAUCAAAGUCAAAGAUGGCUGACAGCUAAAGUAAUCUGCAUAUGCAUCUGGGUGUUUUCAGUGGCCCUCAGUAUUCCACAGAUGUUGUUCAGUGAGGUCGUCACUGCAUCCAAAAGAACUUGUCAGAUGAAACACUUGAAUAACAAUGACAUUUCGUUACUAACAGCACGAAUGUCCCAAAUGCUGAUUGGGUUUCUGAUACCUUUUCUAGCUAUGGUCAUUUGCUAUUACUUGAUUAUCAGGACUUUAAUUCAUUCCAAAGGAUUCAGUAAGCAAAAAUCCAUCAGACUGAUUUUUGCAACAGUGAUGAGCUUUAUUGUUUUUCAGCUGCCUUACAAUGUUAUGAUUUUUAUUAAUGCAUUCAAAAGUGAUGAGGAUCUCUUUCUGCAAGACUGCAGCACCAAAAUUAUUCAUAAAUAUGCCAGAGUUGUAACAGAAGCCCUUGCAUCUCUGCGUUGCUGUCUCAGCCCCAUCCUUUAUGCCUUCUUGGGAGCAACCAUGAGAUCAAAGUUCAUAGAACUCCUGAAACAAUAUAGGAUUAUCAACAAGGAACAACUAUCACAAUCCUGUAAAACUGAAAGAGAGACCUUUAAAACUGUUUCAGUUUUUUCCUCUAUUGAUGGCGAAAGUAAGCAUGUGUUUAUGGAAAUCACAACUUUAUAACUCUAUUUUAAAUAAACACAGUGCUUAUAUGAAACAUUCAGACAUUUUCCAUAUCAAACAUAUUUUAUUUGUCCAUACAGACUAAUGCUACAUCAUAUGGCCUGCACUAAAAAUAAUGUUGUUUUUUUUUUAAUUGAGCUGUAGCAGAGUUUUGCAGUGUACUAAUUGUAUAUUGUCUUAUAACUGUAGUUUCACAUCCCUCAGUAAAUCAUAUACCUUUCGCUAGAGCAAAUAACAUGUUCCUUCACUAAAGAUGCAAUUUUUUAAAAACAGCCUAAUCAUUUGCUUUAGUACUUUUCACAUUUUUACUAAAAUUAUGUCAACAUUGAAUGCAUUCUAAUGUCAGCUUUUGACUUUUAGAACAUAACUAUAAUAGUGUUUGCUCAGUAUCAGAUUAUGUAGCACAGAAAUAAUGCAGAGUAGGUAUAGCCAAUGGCAUUUCUGUGCAGGUCUGACUAAAUGACAGAGAAGACCUGUUAAAUUUAGGCUAUGGAAAGUAUGCUUACCAAAGCCUUUUGUAAGUCUUUCCUACAAACAAAACAGCAAUGAGGUUGUCUACUACCAUCCAGAAAAUAAAAACUGUAGAAAAUUUAGUCUGUUUGAGAUUUAUUCAGCAUUUGUAAUGUGAAAAAUCAAAAUUUGCCAUAAAUAUAUAUAUAUAUUUUUUUAAAAUUUCUGCUUAACAGCUAAUUGUUGUAUAUAUUUGUAAACUCCUACCAAUGCAAAUGUUUAAUGAGUCUUUUAUUUGUACUGUGAUUUUAACUUUAGGAGGAAGCAGUAUGAUCUUAUGUUGAAAGUAAAAUCCUGUCACAGUAAA